AUGUCAUUCAACACAGCUUCCCUUGCGGACGGUUCCCUCUUUUGGGAUUCCGGAUCGACUGUUGCUUUCGGCAUAGGACUCAUGUUGGAGCUUGAUGGUGGUGACCGAUUCUGCACAUUCUGGGAUGCUGUCGCUCUCGCAAGCUGUUGCUGUUGCUUUGAUGGAAGGAUCUCCCGCUCGAGAUUGGAUCUAAAGAAGUUGAAGUGA